UCGCAAUUCUUUGGCGUAUUGAUGAAUUUCAAUACACGCCUCCUUGAGGGAGGCAAUGUCGAUGCGAAACUCGAUCCCAUGCAACUUCUGUUCUGGCGAAUGCUAACAACGACUCUGAUUUGUUCGGUUUAUAUUAUCUGGCAGCGGAUUCCGCAUGGCAUACUUGGCGAUCCAAAGGUCCGAUGGCUACUCAUAGCCCGUGGGUUCACAGGUUUCUUUGGAAUAUACGGGCUUUGGUAUUCGAUCAAGUACCUACCACUCGCAGAGGCAACUAUUAUUACGUUUCUAACGCCCAACCUACAAGGAUGCUUGUGUCAUCUGUUGCUCGGACGUCCGUACACAAUGGUUGAGAAAUUGGCAUCAAUUCUGGCCCUAGGCGGCGUAGUAUUAGUUGCAAAGCCUGAGAGCUUGUUCUCAAUGAUGGACCAGGGAGAAGACCCUGGCCAGGGAGCCUUGGAUAUUAUUGGUAACAUAAAAGCAAUAGCAAACCGAGAAUCCAAGACGCCUUCCAUCGUUGACGCUUACGUGCCUACGGCAUCCGAACGCCUAGGUGCCGUCGGUGUAGCUCUAGUAGGUGUCAUGGGAGCGGCUUUCGCUUUCACAUCAAUAUCCGCGAUCGGGAAACGAGCACACACUCUCAUAUCAGUGAAUUACUUCGGCGGAUUUUGCGUUCUCAUAUCGUUCAUUGUGCUAUCCUUCUCAUCAUACUUCAACAUCGGACAACCCGGCCUACAAUUCACAGCCCCUGCCUCGAUACGCCAGUGGGGUUUACUGGCAGUCAUCGUGGCCUGUGGACUCGCGUCGCAGGUCUUUGGUACUAUGGGUAUAUCGGCAGACGGAAGCAAUAAGUCUAUGACUAUGUUAUACACUAGUAUGGUUUUCGCAGCCGGCUUUGAUUAUUUCGUCUGGGGUAUAACAAUAGGCUGGGUAAGCCUCGCCGGCUGUGCGAUGAUUAUCGCCGGCGCAGCUUGGGUGUUGCUCAGUAAGGAUGAGACCAACAAGGCGACUGCGGGCCAAGACGAUAGGGAUGCAAGCAUUGAAGGUAUCCCUAUGUUGCCACUACGGCACGACCAUGAGGACGAUGAUAUUGUUUAAAAAGCAUGAGAUAAGGAAAGCGAUGAUGCGGUAGCGAUACAAGUCGAAGACAGAAAAAUUCCGUGUUAAUAUAGGUUACAUAGCGUAUACAAUGAAUCAAUUAUUUGCA